AUGGACAGCGCGUUCAGUUUCCUCCCUUUAUGGGACGAUCCAACGAUUAUCUAUAAGCCCGAGAAAGCUCUCGAUGCCCUGCAUGGCAAGAUCCUCAGCAUCGUCUUGAAGAAGGUCGAAUUGCCCAAAGAAGGGGAGAAAUUUUACCCAAAAGAUGUUCUUCGCUCUGUGUUCUUUGUCAUCAACCAAGUAAUGACCGAUCUAUCCAUCGAUAAUGAGCUCCUCAACGGCAUCCGAGCUACUCAUAUCAGACUAGCUGGGUAUGGCUCGCCACUCAAGAUCAUUGAUGCCGUCCUUGUGAGAUGGUAUACCGAAGCUGCCAUUAUCCUCUACUCCCAUCAAUCUGUUCGCUCUCCAAAUACCGCUGGCAUGCGUCGUGGAUGGAUCCCGGGGUACCGGCGCAAUCGACGCUCAAUCGCCAACUUGGGCUUCAUGACCAUUCUUAGGGGUAUCGAAGUGUGGGCUCAUCCUAAGCACCCCAAGCUCCAGGCCGCCUGCUUGAUUUCUAAGGCCACCCUCGCGAUCCUGUAUGCCACUUUCACUAUCGGGCCUCAUCUUGAGGGCUUCGCGUUCAAGUAUCUUAGCGAGAUGCCUGUCUCUAAGUCGCGAGAGCUCUUCCUGAAGGUCUUUGUCUCGAUUUCCGGCAACGUGUACAAUGACGAUGAGGUCUUCGCGACGCCUCCGGCUUUCGAAUUCGGUGCGGCCCGAGGCAACGUACGGAUCUGUCAGCAAGGGAAGAAGCUCCUCGUCAGAUCUCUAACUGAGCAGUUCUACCGCGAAGCCCCUGACUGGCAUCCGUAUCGACGAGUCCCCGGGUCUCCAUGGAACAAUUUUAUCAGAAACACGGAAUUGCCUGUCUUCUCAACCAACGAAAAUCCUGUGCCUCACACGAAUAUCAAGUUCAUUCUGCCUUACAAUGCGAUCGUUCUCGCCGGGCAGUUCAAGGCAAAGUACAAUGUUGCCCGCAAAGAAGCCCGCAAAGAAGCCCAGCAGUCCAACAACCCACUUCCUGAGAUCUCUGAGGAGGCAAGACUGCUUCAGCUCAAGUGGUUUGCUCAACAUUCCGGGCGAGGAUACGCCAACAACGCCCCUGAUAUGCACACAGCUGAGUCUUUUAUCAACGUUGGGAACGACUUCCUCUACCAUACUCCUGCAAUUCAAAAGCCCCGCGCAGACGCAAGUGGAUUCCUGACUCUCCCCUUCAUGUCGACUGCGGUUUAUGCAAUUGGGCAUCUCUUGGAUCCCGUAGACACUCCCGUGCAAAGCCUUCUGGUAUUGACCUUCAAUCAAGAACUACCGGAUGAAAUGGCCAAUUAA